AUGGAGCCGCACGAAAAACGUCGAGGAGCUAACGACCGUCCAACGAGAAGACUAAGCCUAUGCCACUUGCAGGCAAAAACCGGCGAAUCUGUUCUAGCGUUCGCAAACAAAUUCCUUCGACUUGUUUGCGCAGCAACUCCUGGACAAGACCCCGAAACUCAGAAACAAAGGAUGUUGGAAGAGUACGUUUCGCGAUUGCAUUCCAACUUGCGCCAUCACGUUGAACUUGACAACCUCUUCAGUAGGCGAGGCGGUAGAUAG